GUAAUAUGUAUGAUAAACAUAUUUGCCUCCAAAAAGAUUAGCCAAUGAGAUUACUGCGAUCUUUGACCUAGGGUGUGGCAGCACCUCUUCGAGAACAUCUGGUGGCUGUGUUUCAAAGCCCGUUUGGAUUAUUUAGACGGAUGGACUCCGAAGUUAUGACGUCUAACUGUUAAAAAUUUCCACCAUGGAUACAGAAAAUAACUGUGAUGUAUCAAAAAGAUGCAAAUCGGGUGGGAAACACAAGUUGAAAGGAUUUUAUUUAUUUGAGAGAUGCUCUGGCGGAAUACUGAACCUCAAGUUUGAUUCAGAUGUAUUAGAAUCUUUUUACUACAAAUGUACAUACCCAAGUGCAAAGGGAAGGUUUCGUUUUGGUACAGCAUUCUCAACGUUCUUGUCUGUUGUAUGGUUGAUAUAUUUCUCAAUCGUACAACCUCCUAGUUAUUUAAUGUAUAUAAUUGGAUUCACUUUGAGUGCUGUAAUUUCCAUCGUAUAUUUCAUAAUGAGUUUUGUUGAUCGAAUUUUCAGAGCAAGAGCUAUGUGCAUUUGUAGUAGUCAUGCUUGUAUUAUAUGCUUACUUUCUUUGUUCACAUUUGUUCCAUCACAACCGGGUGCUACUUUGGCUUUUAAUCUGAGUUUAGUCUUACAACUUGUACUGAUUACCUACACAAUGGCUCCUUUACGCUUAUGGCAGCUUUUGGGAUUAUGUGGACCUGUUAGCAUUUUACAAAUCAUAUUGGCUAGUGUUCGAUAUGGUCAAGUUCCAGGAUGGUUUGUGUUGAUAUUUUUCGUUGGUCAUUUGUGCGUUCAUUUGAUUGGAAUAAAUCUUCACUUAAUGUCACAAGUUUGGCGUAGAUCAACAUUUCUACGCAUGGGUUAUAAUGCCUUAAUGCGUAAAGCGUUGAAAAAAGAACAAGAAAUUCGUGAUGACAUGAUUCGUUCAUUAAUGCCUAAUCAAGUAGCUCAAGAAGUGAUGCGUGAAGUUGGCAAUGAUAGUGGAAUUGAUUCUGGCAAUGACAAUGACAACUCAAAUAAUAACGCUGACAAUAAUAAUAAUAAUGAUAAUAAUAAUAAUACCACUUCGGGUAAAAAUAAAAAGUACAAAAAGAAAUCCUCGAAACAAAGUCUAAAUCGAAGACUGAAAAAGCAAAAGUUAAAAAAUGAAACAGAUAAUAUGGAGAAUGAUUAUUUAGAUUCGAAAGGUUUUAAAAUUAAUGGUUUCAGUUAUAUGGGUGAUGGAGAGGAUAGUGAUGAAGACGAUGAAACACAAAUAUCAAAAAAGAUUAGUGUUGGAAGUAAUUGUGAACAAUUGGCUGCAGGACAAGAUGAUUUAGAAAUUGGAGUCGGUGGUGCUGAUGGUACUAGUCCAAGAUCCAGUCUAGUGCCUAAGUCAACUGUACUUCCAGCUCGUGCAGUUGCUUUUCGUAAAUUUCAUGUUAAUCAAUUAGAAAAUGUUAGUGUACUAUUCGCAGAUAUUGUUGGUUUUACAAAGAUGAGUUCAAAUAAAUCAGCAUCUCAUCUUGUCUAUCUGUUGAAUGAUCUUUUUGGAAGAUUUGAUCGUUUAUGUGAAAUUGUUGGCUGUGAAAAAAUUGCCACAUUAGGCGAUUGUUAUUACUGUGUUGCUGGUUGUCCAAAUCCUGUAGAUGAUCAUGCUGAGCGUACAGUUGAAAUGGGUAGAGCAAUGUGUUUAGCUAUUCAACAAUUUGAUGAAGAUCAUUCAGAACAAGUUAAUAUGCGUGUCGGUGUACAUACAGGAAAUGUAAUUUGUGGUAUUGUCGGGACAAGACGUUUUAAAUUCGAUGUCUGGUCAAAUGAUGUAACAUUAGCUAAUGAAAUGGAAUCUAGUGGAGAAGCUGGAAAAGUGCAUAUAUCUGAAGCUACACUAAGUUUUGUCAAAGAUAUUUAUGAAGUAUCUGAAGGAAAACCUGUUCAAGAUAUACGCAAAUUUAAGGUGUUAAUUGAAUUCUUCAAUAAAGAAGAACAAUGCUUUGCUAUAAAACAUACUCAAGAUGAAGCAAUGAUUAAAACUUAUUUUAUUGAAAGACGCUUAGAUAAUAAACCAGUUGUCAGUUUACCACCGGCUCAAAUUGAAGUUGAAUCAGUCAGUCCACCAAGUGAUAAUGUGUACACUGCUGGAACUAAUUCAUCGAUUAACCUGUCGAAUUCACAGACAAUCAAUACUCUUCCAGUAUCAUCAGCUACACCGGAUCAUCAACAUCAUCCACUUAUGACAAAAUCUGAUCCUGUCAAUGUUCUCAGUAGUGGAGAUAAUCCCAGUACUAAUCAAUUGCCUCCUCCUCCUCAGUCUAUUUCAACAGUAGCACCCAUGAAUAAUACUGCUGCUAUUACGACUAAUACUGUCGCUUCUGCUGCUGCUACUGCGGCUACUGUCAAUACAACUACAACUACUAAUACAACAACACCCCAAUCGUUUAUUGGCCGUGGUUCUGACGUCGAGAUGUUACAAGCACUACAAGAUUUUGUUCAACCCGAUGAAGUGUUCAUCUUUCCACCGAUAUCUCGAUUAACGCUAAACUUUUUUGUCCCGAUUGUUGAGCAUAGUUAUCGUAGUCUUGGAUUGAAACGUCCAAAAAUUCAUUCAAUUGAAAAGUUGUCCUGGUCAACACCACGUAUAGCACCGUUUAUUAAUACAAUCACUGAGACAAUAUUGAUUAUUAUCAUCGGCUUGACAUGUUUUAUUAUCUUUCCUGAUUCACGAUUAGCAGUGAAUACACCAGCAUUUUAUAUUAUCCUAUUUAUUGCUUUUAUGAUACAUACCCUGUUGUUAGUGUUAUUCAUCUCAGAUUUAGCUGCAUGGGCAUGGUGUCCAAGACGUCGAGAUAAUACUAAUAAUGUUAAUAAUAAAUCUGUAACAAAAAAACCUCAAAAUCGUAAUGAUUGGCGACGUAUUGUAAUUCGAUUAUACGGCAGGUUAUUUCGUUGGAAAUCACGUAAUAUUAUUGGUGUAUUUAUAUUGAUUUUACCAACUUCACUAAUAUUAUCUUCAUAUUCGUAUUGUUUAUUUACAAGUUAUACAACCACAUCCGUGAUUACAAAAUGGAAUACAAUCUAUUCACCUUUGCUAUAUGCCACUUAUCGUACACAAAUUGGAUUAUUAUUCACAUUUAUGUUUAUUAAUUGUACUCUCUAUACAUCAUUCUCAUCAUGGACAAAAACAGCAUCAGCAACAUUUGUUUGUUUAUUGGGUUGCCUAUUGAUUGGUUUGCAUAAAGUUAUACAGUCGACAUGUUCACUGGAACAUAUUCAAUCAUGGUAUCCUGUUAUGCUGAAUAGUUUCAAUGUAUCAACCAAUCGGAUACCACUUUCCCUAUCAACAUCAUCAAUGCCGCUACCGACCUAUCCGUUAUGGUUAUAUACAGCUUUAUCAGACAAUGCAAUUAGUGAGUACAUCUUGAUAGCAUUGCUUACACUCAUACUAGUCGGUAUGUUAAAUCGUGAAUUCGAUAUAAACUUCCGAUUGAGUUUUCAUCGAGAUUAUGAAGCACUACGAGCGAAACAAGCUAUUGGACAUCAAAAAUUACAAGCAGAUUGGUUAUUAGAGAAUAUUAUCCCCUAUUAUAUUAUGAAUGAUUUACGUCAGCAUAAUAAAUAUUCACAGCAUAUAGAAGAUGCUGGUGUAGUAUUCGCCUGCAUAGCUAAUUUCUCUGAAUUCUAUGAUGAACAAUAUCAAGGCGGGCAAGAGAUGCUACGUGUUUUGAAUGAAAUAUUUGCUGAUUUUGAACAUCAGUUGGCUGCACCAAAAUAUAAAGAUGUUGAAAAGAUUAAGACGAUCGGUGCGUGUUUUAUGGCAGCGUCUGGAUUGAAUAUGACUGAAAGAAAACGGAAUAAACAACCAGAUGAACAUUUAUGGGCAUUACUUGAUUUCGCCUUAGAUUUAAUUCAUACACUGGAUGAUUUUAAUCGUCAAAUGUUUAAUUUCCAGUUUGAAUUAAAAGUUGGCUAUAAUAUUGGUGAAGUGACAGCUGGUGUCAUUGGGACAACUAAAUUACUGUAUGAUAUAUGGGGGGAUACAGUCAAUGUAGCUAGUCGUAUGUAUUCGACUGGAUUAAAAGGUAGAAUACAAGUGGCUGAGACAGUGGCGAAACGUUUAGAAUCGCGGUAUAUAUUUGAAUAUCGUGGUGAAGUAUUUGUCAAGGGUAAAGGGGAUAUGAAAACCUAUUUACUUGUUAGUCGUCGCAAUGAUAAACGUGAUAGUAAAUAAUAGAUAUAUAUAAAUAUACAUUUUAAAAUAAAUGCAUGAAGUUCAAUGAAUCACUUGACUUUAUUUAUGGAAUUUAUUCAAAGUAUGAUAAUAAUAAUUAUAAUAAUAUUUAAUGAAAUUAAUAUAAUACUUUAUUCUCAUUAUACCACCUAUAAUUUAAUCUACUUCCGUAUGAUCUGUUUAGAAGUUUCACUAUUGGAUUGCAUCAUGUGAUUCUCAAUUACUCCCCUCCCUAGCCCUCGAUAACAAGAGUACUUAUUCUCACUUAUUAUUAUUAUU